AUGGCUGCUCCGGGCCCCAGUGCGGCGAAGGAGUCCGAGGAAGGGGACACGUAUGAGGCACCCCCCUGUGAGAGCCAGGCCUGGAAGGUGGCUCCAGCCAAGAGGCAGGAGGACACGGACGGCACCUACCUUGAUCACACCACUGCCCGGCGCUGCUCAGAGCCCUUCGCCCUCCUGCCGGCCAAGUUCCUGUCAAAGCUCAGCCUGGUGCCUGGCACAGAGCCUGGCAAUGGAGAGGAGAUGCCCCAGGGCCUGGCCUGCGGGAAAGGUCAGGACAGAACCCGGGCGAAGCUCCCCCCAGCUCCCGGCCCGAGGUCCCUGUCGUCGCCUGCUGGCCCCGCUGCACCCCGGCAUCCCGGACCAACCUCGUCGGACGACAAGGAGGGACCACCAGAGGAGGAGAUUUACCUGGUGUGUGAGCCGACGAGCCCACCUCACGGCAGGACGACUCGCGCCCUGAGGCCCCAGCUCGGCCAGGUGCCCCCGCCAUGGCUCCCAAAGCUGUCCAAGCCGAAGAUAGCCCUGCCGGGGGCCCACCACAGCCUGGCUGAUUCCUCCCCCGAAGCCUCGAGCAAAGCUCCAGCCUGGCCCAGGGGCAGUGGCUCCCCGGUGGAGGAUCCUGGCAUGCAGGACCAGGCCUGGUACGCAGGGAGCUGUGACCGGCACGUGGCAGAGAGCGUCCUGCAGGGGGUCAAUAAGGACAGCGCGUUCAUGGUGCGCCAGAGCUCCGGGCAGGGCUGGAACCAGCCAUUCACCUUGGCCGUGCUGUACAAGGGCCAUGUCUACAACAUCCCCAUCCGCUACGUGGAGAGCAGCCACCAGUACGUGCUGGGCAAAGAUGGGAAGAGCCACGAGGAGCGGUUCGACAGUGUGGCCGGCAUCAUCCAGCACUACCGCGAGCACCCCUUGGUGCUGAUCGAGGGCAGCUCCGCCUCCAGGGCACACACCUGCCUGCUCUUCCCCGUCAAGCCCUGA